AUGGUUCCCAAGGCCUCCAGGGCUCCCUGGGAAAUCAAGGACCACCUGGCCAACAGGGUCCAGAAGGUGCAGACCCACUUGUGCUCACACAUACACAGAUGCUCAGACACGCAAACAUUCGCAUGGGAGAAAGGGGAGAAGGGAGCAACAGGACACCUAGGUUCAUCAGGAAACCCAGGAAGCACUGGAAUCCCUGGAGAUCCCGGGGAAAUGGGUCCAAGAGGAUUAAUGGGGAUUAAGGGUGCCCGAGGGCCCCCUGGAGACACUGGACCCCCGGGGAGAAGAUCAAGGUUCAACUUUGGCUUCCUAUUGGUUAAACAUAGCCAAUCAGCAAAAGUACCUGAGUGCCCACUGAAUACGCUGAAACUAUGGGAAGGAUACAGCUUGCUUUACCUUAAAGGGCAAGAGAAAGUGCACAAACAGGACCUUGGUCAGGCAGGUUCGUGUGUACAGUUCUUCAGCACCAUACCAUUCUCCUCCUGUAACCUGGGCACAUGUAACUACGCCAGCCACAACGACAAAUCCUAUUGGCUGUCGACCACAGCAUCGUCACCCAUGUUGUCUGUGUCAGAGCUUGACAUCGAGCCACUCAUCAGCAGGUGUGUGGUGUGUGAGGUCCACUCACCUGCUAUCUCCCUUCACAGCCAGACCACCUCCUUACCUGACUGCCCCCCAGAAUGGAAAAGCCUUUGGCAUGGAUAUUCCUUCUUUAUGCACACAGGCUCCGGAGACGAUGCCGGUGGCCCGACGCUGAGGUCAUCAGGAAGCUGUCUGCAGCUUUUCCACACCCACCCAACCUUGGAAUGCGAGGGCUCCCAGGGUACCUGUAGCUACUCCGAGAGCAUCUACACUUUCUGGCUCACCGUGAGCAGGGAGGGAUUUGGCUCCGGCCCUGAUACGACGACCCUCAGAGGAGAAGCACAAAACGUUAGCCGCUGCAACGUCUGUAUGAAGAACUUCUGAGAGCGAACCACACCCGCAUCGCCUAGGCAACUGUUCGGAGUAUGUGCUCUGCUUAAGUACAAGAUAUGGAACCACCCACAGGUCACUUCUUCACUCAAAAACAAAGAGCUAGAGAACCAAACAAUUUGUGGCCUCUCACGUUGAAAGAACAACCGUGAUG